AUGGUCAAGUGUGCAAACCUAACAAAGCUAACCUCCGCAUUCAAAAGAUGGCCUUCAUUGACCAAACUAAGCUUCAUGUCUUCCACCUCCAAGCAGAAGGACCAUGAACCAAAGCUUCAUGUUGUCUAUGUCGGAAAGUCGAGGCGCCGAUAUCUCGUGAACUCGAAGGUUUUUCAGCACCCGGUUUUUCAGGAGCUGGUUGAUAGGUCUUGUUGUGAAGAUGGUGUUGUGGUUGUUUCUUGUGAGGUUGUUUUGUUUGAACAUUUGGUGUGGAUGCUUGAGAGUGCUGAAAGUGAUGAGACACAGUUGGGAUCCAUGGAUGAACUUGUUGAAUUCUACCAUUGUGGUGCUUGCUGAUGGAUGCAUGAUUAUGGUUUGUUCGCUAGAGAACAAUAUU